AUGGCCAGGUUUUUCGUCGGCGCAUGCCUCAUCGCUACGGCAUCUGGAUUCGUGUGCCUUUCGGCGGAGGAACAAGCUGAAGUAGGGCAAGACAUCACGUCGUGCCUGCGUCGAGGGCUCGAGCUCCACGAGCCCUUCGAAAUUUUCGGCGGUAAAAAAGGGGGUCUCUCGUUCCACGACGGCCUUCUGUACAACGUGCACAAAUUCCGGAACCGAAUCCCACCGCAAGUCGGUUGUACCAACGGGCAUGUCGGCAUCGAACUCUUGCUCAGUUUCAACGAGACCAAAGUGCAUUAUACGUGGAAAACCGUCGGUCUGCCUUUCAAAGGCGGUACGUGGACCUUCGUUCGCCAGGCGACCGUUGCGAUUUCGCUCACUUCACCCAUACACGGUAGGAUGCCGGUGACUUUCAAGGAGCUGCGAAUGACCGAGUACUUCGCACCCUCGGUGCGGGUGGAUGGAAUUCAACCCUUUUCGUGGCUUGCCUCUGAAAUCGGAACAUUCGUCGCGAAGAGCAGCAGUGCGCUCCUCAAGCAAUUCAUGGAGAAGAACUACAUCAAAGUCUUCGAAAACGCUUUCGACCAGUGCUUCAUCAGGUCGUCGUGA